AUGGGAACGGCUCAAGACGGGCCGUCCCCGCCGUCGGCCUCGACGCUCUGUUAUUUUGUCACGUCUCAGCUCCCUGGAUGUGCGAGAUGCAGCCUUUCGCUGCACUUCAGGUGUCCGCACACCCGGACGCUGGUGGUGGCGCGGCCUAACAGCUUGGUGUUCGUUCACCCGAAAACAAACCCCGCGCGCGGCCUGUCGGCCGUCGCGGACAAGCGUGAUAUUCCUGCUCUGGAGAGCGGCAGUGCGGAAGAUGGCCACGCCGACGUGCAUAUGGGCGAGGCUUCUCCUGUCAAGGAACCUGGUCGCCAGAAUCAAGCCGUCUCGCUGGCCGAUGCAGGAGCCACUACAUCGCAUCGCGACACGCAGCGGCACGAUGAGGGGGCGGAAGAGGACGAGGAAAAUGAGGGCGAAGAAGAAACGUCUUGGACAUCUGGUGAGGCUUUCAACCCUAUCACCCUUCCUCUGUAUGCUGAUGUCUUCUGCAUGGCGGCAUUUCCUCGCGUCACCGACGCCUCGCGCACCUCGAGGCAGGAUGGAAGCUCGCCGGGGGAGUUGGAGGACCUCCUCGUCCUUACAGACCGACAGAUUCUCCUGCUUCUUCGUUACGACGAAGAGAAACAAACUGUAGUGACACUCGAGAGUGUCGAUCUGAAGGAGCCCGGCUCGCGCUUCGUGGACGGCGGUCCUUUGAUGGCCGUUUGCUCCGCCACGCGCUGCAUUGCGGUCUACCAGUACGAGUCGCUUCUUCAGUACAUUCCGCUAAGCAGCGCGGCUGUCGCGUGUUCCCCAGCUUCUGGUUCUCGUGUGAGGGGCCUGUCGCCGUCCUCGUCGCGGAGCCGGGGCGGAUCACUGUUCGCGGGGGUUCGUCUCUUUCGUCUCGAUGAGCACAACCUCCUGGAUAUGUGCUUCCUUCCGCCCGAGGAGAGCUACCAGACAGCUUCGUCGCGCCUCCGCCCCCAGGUCCACGGCCGAAAAGGCAGCGUAGAAGGCGCCUCGCAUCGUUCAGGGCCCCGCUUCCCUCCCCGAGGCGAGACUCCGACCGAAGCGCCUUCCUCCUCCUUCUCCUACUUCGCCUGCGGGCACGCGAACGGAUGCGAGUCAGGAGCGCCGGCCGCAGGCGACGCGGGCGCCGUGGGCUCGCCCGGCUUCCUCUCUGCGCAUCUCUGCGUGCUGUUUGAAACGGCACUCGGCGUUGUCUCCUCUGCCACGGGAAGCCUCCACCGUCUGCAGAGACUAGUGAAAGCUGUGCGUCUGCCUCUCGAUGACUGCUUGUACCCCUCCAAGUCCUCUUCGCCGCUCACGUGGACCUCGCCCUACCUGCCGCAGCCUCUGCGCGUCAAGGACGGCAGCACACGCCUGCUCGCGCCGGCGGUCGUCUCCGCCUCGCGCGGGCGCCGAGCCCGAGGUGCGGAGGCGCAGGGAGUGGCGGAAGCGGACGCGCCGUGUCUGCUGAUUCUAGGUUCGGACGAGAUCUUUUAUCUCCAGUUAUCGCGCACCCUCGAUACUCGCGGCCAGAAUAUCCCGGCGCUCGGCGCCACGCGCCUCGACGGCGGCGUCAUGGGCCCUGUCGUUCUGCGGCACCGCGGCAUGCCACCGGGGUUGCACGAAAUCGUCGCCGUGGAGCAAAUGCGCGGCGACGGCGAGCAGGAAGGCGCGCCCGACGCCGCUGGAGCGCCGCAGCGAAGCAAAGUCUUCCUUUUAGGCGACGUAAUGGGGCAAAUCUACAUGCUCAUUCUCUUCGAGACCUGUCUGCUCGGAGCGACCGUGGACCGGCGCAGGAUGCUGGGGCUAGAGAGCUCCGCUUCCUCGAGUAGCUCCUCAGUUUGCGCGAAUUCCUCGGCGCCGCGCGCGGCCCCGUGGGUGGCGACCCGCAUGUGCGUGGAGUGGUUAGGGCAAGCCUCAGAGCCGACGGGUUUGUCUUACCUGGGCAACGGCGUCCUCUUUGUCGCGUCCGCGACCUCAGACUCGCUCUUGCUUCGCAUUCUCGACGUGGGACGCUCAGUCCGCGCCCUGCAGCGCGACCUCGAAGGGCCCCACUUCGGGGGCGCCGAAGCCGCGCUCGACGGAGAGGCGGGCGGCGAGGACGGAGGCGGACUCGCGGGCAGGAAGGCGGCGCGGGGGAGGGACGGCCGGCUCCAGCUCCUCCAGGUCUUCCCCAACCUGGGGCCGAUCAUCGACUGCUGCGCGGCAGAUGUCGAAGGCCACGGGCAGAGACUGCUGAUUGUCGCCUGCGGCCAGGGGCGCAGCACGUCCCUGCGCUUCAUUCGAAGCGGCGUGGCGCUCCAUCCCGCCUGCCGCAGCAUUCCUCUCGCGGCGCCUCCACAGGGCCUGUGGAGCCUCGAUUUGUCUCUUCUCGACUUCCUCCUCGCGGGCGCUCGGCGCAGAGUGAAGCGUGCGAGGGGCGUGGACAGCGGCUCGAGUCGAGAAGAGAAAAGCGCGCGGCCACAUGCAGCGCCGCGCGGGCCGCUCGCGGUCCUCGCUUUCCCCCGCGAGACGCGGGUGCUGGGGUGGCGCGUGAAGCACGAGAGCGAAGAUGAAGAGGCCGAGAAAGCCGCGCACCCGGGGUCCCUCGACGUCAACAUGGGCGACGCGGCCUCGGAGCGUCGUAGCCGCAGGGGCGAGAGGCGCGCGCGGGAGGUGGUGCUUGCCGAAGUCGAUCGCGUCUGUGGAACCGCGGCGGUCGCGGGGGGGGGGUAUGCGGGCGCCGGCGGAGACAGGGCUGGCGGCCAGGCGAAGGCUCCAGAGACCUUCGGUUUCAAGCGCGACGCGACGACCCUGCUCGCGGCGAUCGUGCGCCUCGCGGACCAGUCGCGGAGAACGAAGGCCGAGAGCGAGGAGAAUGGAGACGCAGAGGUCCUGCCUCUCUGCUGUCGGCCGGCGAUCCUUCAGGUUCUUCCCGCUUCGCUGCGUUUUAUCGAUCCCUUCUCCUUUGCACUCCUCGCUGAGUUCUCGCUCGCCUUCUCGCCCGGCGCCGAGUCUCCGCUUUCGCUGCACGCCGCGUCGGGAGAGGCUGCGCUGGCGCCGGCAGUCUCCUUCGCGGCCUCGGUGUCCCUUCCGUGCGCGGAGGCGCGUGGAGACCGGCGGGGCGAUGCCCUCGCGCUCGCGCUGGAUCAGGGCUACGUGGCGUGUCUCGAGUUGUUGCCGGGGGGAGAGGACAAAGUGCUUGCCGUCGCGCCUCGCGUACGGAGUGUGCGGAAGGUCUGCGAAGAGAUCGCCGCGUUCCACGCCGUCGGGCUCGACGCGCUGGCCUUCGAGGAGCCGCGCAAGAGGGCUGAGGCGCAGGACGGCAACGCAGAAGAGAGCUGCACCACCGAAAACACCGGCGAACCGGGCGACGAAGGCCUCGCCGCCGUCGCGGACUUUGAUCAAGGCAAAGUCGUCCUGCUCGCCCUCCCCUCUCUCAAAGAACUCGCCUCCUGCGAGGCCUACGGAGACGACAUCGGUAUCCGCGUCUCCUCUGUCCUUCUCUGCACGAUGGAGGAUAGCGCGUGGCUCUUUGUAGGCCUCAGCGACGGGCGCUUGGUGUCACAGACUCUCGCGGUUUCGCGCGCGACCUCGCGCGCCUUCUCUGUGCGCCUGGCGCAGCGUAAGGCCGUCCACGCAGGCAGCGAGCCCCUGCGUCUCUUCCCGCUGCCUGAGAGGCGCGACGUGCUGCGCGCGCUCCACAAGAAGAGCAAGCGACUACGCGCAGACCGCGGCUUCUCCCGCGCCGAGGCGCACACGCACAUAUCUUCUGCCUCUUCUGCCUCCUCAGCGUCGGUGCCAGCACCGCAGGGCGGAGUGGAGCGUCUCUGCGUCUGCUGGGAGGUGAAGCGGCUGACUGAGAGGAAUCUGGCGGGCGUCUUCUGCAGUGGCAACCGCCCUGCGCUGAUCCACGCCUCCAAGACGGGACAGCUGCAGUUCAAGGAGGUGCCCUCCUGCGGCGUGGGCGCCUUCGCGGACUUUGCGUCGCCCUUCACAGACGCGCAGCUCGGCGUCCUUUGGAUCCACGUCCCGUCUGCGGCCGCCGCGCUGGAUCCCGGCGGAACUUUCUCGCGCGGGGCGACGGGCGCACACCCCCCAGCGCCGCAAGCCGCUCAAACCGCGCAGGCGGCGCCACUUCUCUGCGUCGGCGUGCGCGAGCGGGCGCAGCGGCUGCAGGUUCGCGCCUUGCCCAUCGGUCGCACCGUCGACGCGCUCUGCGUCCUGCCGGAGGAAAACCUCAUCGUCCUUGCCUGCCCGCGAGAAGUGGUGCAUCCUGACGGUUUGGUGAUGCCUUCGUGUCUGCUCUUCGUGGAUCCUCUCACGUGCGCCGUCGAGGGCUGCUACCUGAUCCCCGCGGCGCAGCACAUCGCGGCUGCCAUCUGCGUGGCCUCGCUAGAUCCUGCGCACCCGGCGCUGGCGAAGAGUGUCUCGACGCCGUAUCUCUCGAGAAAAACCGCGAAAAAAGCGGUCUCUGCCGCGACGAGCGCGCGCGGGCGCGCCGCCAAGAGCGAUCGCGAGCCCGACGACAGAGACGCAGCGGCCACCGGCGCGGAGGAAGCCGAGAAACGAAGGAGGAAGCGAUCUCUCCUGUGCGUGGGGACUGCCGAGGUCGUGGUCAGCGACUCCGAGCCCAAAGAAGGCCUUAUCAUCCUCCUCGACGUGCGCCGCGGGGCCGACGGCAUACUAGUGGUGAAGCCCGCCGCACACAUUCACGAGGUCAAGAGCGGCGUGCAGCACCUUCGGUCGUUCCAGGGUCUUCUCCUGGCUGCAUGCAAUCAUCGCGUUCGUCUCUUUGGCCUCCGCGAGGAGGUGCAGGACGCGUCUUUUGCGUCGUCUCGCGUCGGGGGCGGCAGUGAAGCCUCUGAAGCGAGUUUCGACCCGGCACGAGGUGGAGAGGGCGGCUUCCACGCCGAUUUGGGCGGAGGGCGGCGACCGCGCAGGCGCGAGGAAGGGCGCGAAGUCGCUGAGAUGCUCCAGGGACACCUCGAGCUCGUCUGCAGCCACUCUUCGAACGCCUACGUCUCUAGCGUCGACACCUGGCGCGACGAGGUCGUCUGCCUCGGCGACAUGGUGGCCUCCGCCGUGCUGCUGCGCUUCAACGCGCGAGAUAAAGCCUUCAAAGAGAUCGCGCGAGAUACGAACGCCUGCUGGGCGCUAGCGGUGUCGUGCGUGACUCCGGAUCUGCACUACUUGGCGGAUGCAGACCGAAACAUUUGGCUUCUGCAGCGCGCGUCGCUGACUUUGUCCGAGGAGGGCGACGCGACGCGCGCGCCGCCGCCCUCAGCAGACGCAUGCAGUCUUUGCGGCCGCGCGCCGAACGACUGUUUGUGCAGCGCGGUGUGCGUGCGCAUGUCGGGCGUCUCCUACAUCCACGCGGGCGCGUCGAUCAACAAAAUCAUCCCCUUCCCCACCCACGAGCGCUACGUCGCGACUCCGCGCCGGAGGGGCGCUGCAGAGGCCGCCAGGGUCCGCGGUCCGGCGGCAGACGCGGCGGAGGCGGCGGAGGCGGCGGGCGCCCCUGGCGGGUCGGAGGGAGGAGGGCGCGGCGCGGCGCGGGCGAGCCACGGGCGAGAGGAGACGCGCGGGGUGCCGCUCGUCGUGGGCAGGAACUCCAAGCUCUGGGUCAGCUCCGAGGGCUCCAUCGGGCUUUUGCUCCAGAUCCGCGACGAGAAAACGUUUGCGAGACUCGCCGUCCUCCAGGACGCCGUCACAAAGGCCACCAAGAACGUCGGCAAUCUCAGCACCGUGGCGUUCCACAGCGUGAAGGUCGGCUCUGCGACAGUCCCGAGCAAAGGCUUCCUCGACGGCGAUCUUCUUGAGCGUUUUCUGGAAUUUCCAGUCUCUGUUCAGAAGGCGGUCUACGAGAUGGCGCAGCUGAACGGCCGCAUCGCGCAUCUGACGCUUCCCCCACUCGAGACGGUCAUUCAGGAGAUUGAGGAGCUUCAGCGUCGUCACUGA